UUUAUCUUGCUUUAGAUAGAAGUUGAUGCAAUUUUAGUAGAUUUUCACCGCUUUUCCAGUCACAAGUACGCAUUUAAAAGUGUCAGAAUCUGUAUAAGUGCUCCUUAAUACUAUGUUGUUGUUGUUAUUAACUUUACAAGGUCAUUAUGUGGUUGUUGUGUGUAAAACGUUUGUUACGUGUCUUGGUGGAUGUUGUUUGUGUCGCAUCUCAUUGACCCACAUCCGCAGUGAAUCUAACUGCGUCACCAAGUUUUUCCUCCUCACUUUGCAAAGCCUUAAAGUCAACUUUCUGCUGUUGUUUGAUUCGACAUUACUAAAGUUAUUGCCAUGGUUGCAGAGAUAGUUUGUGCACUUUUAACUGUAGUCAUUUUUUGAGGAGUUUGGGGUUAAUUAAUGGAGGUUUUCUCGGUGUUUUUCUGCAAGUGGGGACACCAGGCACAGGCAGUAACCUGAUCAGCAUGUACAGACCGCGCCCACUUCAUUUUCGUCGCAAACAACUUUCACUCGGAGAGAGAAGCCCUGGACACAGCCAUGGCCCCUCCAUCAACAUCAACAGCUACGGCAUCCAACCCAGAGCUCUCACGCCUGGGGGGCAUUGAAUCUUUGGAUCUGAAGAUGGGGCCGGUGCGGAGGAACCUCUUCGGGCCCGUGGACCACCAGCAGCUGCAGCAUGACUUCGAGCGGUUGCUCUGCAUGAAUGUGGAGGUGGCCAACAAGCGCUGGAACUUCGAUUUCCAGAGUGAAAUGCCAGGACAGGAUUCCAACAUCGAGUGGGAGGAGCUCAGGUACCAGGACGUCCCCAAGUUCUACCGCAGCUGCACGGUGAGGCCGGUGCAGCGCCAAAAAAUGGCCAAAAGGCGGUCAUCGUCUUCGUCGGGAGAGUGUUCGCCAGGGUCCAGCAGCUCGUCCGGGUCUGGAGAUGAGUACAUGGAGGUGACCACAAGGGGGUGCUACCGGAUCCAGUGGCAAGGAAAACGCAGACAGGCUUCCAUCACAGAUUUCUUCAAGGUGAAGAAGAGGAAGCUUCUGCAUCACAAAGCAUCUUCUCGGCAGUAGAAGAGCUCAGCCGGACACAGUGGAAGAUCACUAAGUGGUCGUCAUCCCUCUACACAUAGAUAUGUGUCAUAUCACAUGUAAAUAUGUAGCAAACUGUAACUGACUGUCCAUAAGCUCAUUCGGUAUGGGCUUAAAAACUCCUCUGACACCAUAUACCUUAAGUUUUCAGCACAAGGAAGCUACCAUUCCCUAGUUAAUCAACCUCAGACUUUAGGAACGGUUUUGUUCAUAAUGUAUAUAUUCUAUAUACUGUUUUCCUCAGCUUUUGACUAUACUGUGAAAUUAUCUUUAAUGCACUCUUAAUAACAGAAACAGGCUCUAGUUUUAAGAGGUUAAUUUUCUUCUGAACGAGCCUUGAAUAGUAUUUGACCUCAACCUUUUUUCUCCCUCUUGCUAAAAGUCAUAAGAGGGUUUUGAUUAGAUGAGUUACUAUUUCUGGUUUGUACCACACUUAGCCUUUAGUCUCACCCCAGGGCUCGAUAGCACGAGACAAGCCAGGGGUCAAAACCUCAACCAGGGCUUAAAAUUUGGCAGCGCGACUGUGAUUAUCUCCAGGGCAAAGGUCAACGGUGGAGGUUCAGCGAUGAGGUAAUGCGGCUGUUACUGUUCAUCAGUGACUAAAUUCUAAUGUGACUAUUUAUUUAUUAUUCAAGACAAAAAAAAAAAGAAAAAAAUCAGACAAGCAAUGUGUAAAACGAGGUAAGAUAAGGUGUUUGUGGAAACCUGUGCCAAUGCCCCCACAUUCUGCCUGAGACUCUUAAGUCUUUGGGCCAUACACACUCCACCGUUGCCACUUAGAAAUAUUGACAUUUAACACCGUCACAACUAAAGAUAUACAAACUGCAAAUCAUAUUCCCUUUUUGCUUUGCAUUAUUUGUAUAAUGGGGCCGUAAAAAUCUAUAAUUUUUUGGCGACAGACCAGAACAUACCUUAUUUAGCUGUAUGUUUUGUUGGCUUUAUGCUUGUAAUAAUGUAGCAUUUUUUUUUCUUCAUGUGAUGUCACCUUGUAGGUGUUAAAUCGACUCUUUUCUCCAUGAAGGGAGUGUAGUUUUUUAUCACUGUGUUGCAGUUCAGAGGAAUCAAAAACUUUUUCUGUUCCACUUUUGAUAAUUUUUUAUAUGAAGAGUUGGAGCUGCUUCACUUUUCCUGUCUUUAAGUGUUUCUGUAUAUAUGCAUAUAAGUGUUUGUGGAUGAUUAUGUUGGUUUCGGUGUUUAUCUUGAGGUUUUUCCGCAAGUUGUAACAGUUUUGGCAGCUGAGGCAGUUGAACCAAAGAGAUGCUGUGCCAUCAAAUUAGACAACCCAUUCGCCAGAAACCAAAAAAAUGCUGGUAGCCACAGAUACAUUAAUAUAAAAACGUUUCCAGCACCCUUUAGCUUUUGCUAUCUAGGUCAAAUGGUAUAAAGGGCAAGAGAAAGAAGAGAAAGUCAAUUUAAAGUAACUUUUUAAAAGUUUGUUAACCUUUAAAUACACCAUUUCCAUUCGUACAUACACAUUCUACAUAACUGAAGUAAUUGUGCCCAGUAGUUUUUUCAAAUCUUUACUGAAACUGCAUCCAGUAGUUGCACUCAAAAGUACUUUUUUCUUAACCUGUAUCAUCUAGUUUUGUUACCCAAACAUAACAGAUUCGUUUUUUUAAAUUGACCUGCUUAAAACUCUGACCUAGUAUAUUUCCCCCCCCAAAGCUUUGUUAAAACCACGGGUUGCAGCAUUUCAGAAACGUUGAGAUUUAAUGUAUCUGUGGUUUGUCGAAAUGUACAAAUCCAACAUUUAUUCUGGCGGCUGGGUUGAACUAGAAACACAUCAUUUAUACAAGUUGUCAGAAGGUCUCAAACGUGUCAAGAUUUUCAAAUAUAUAGUGUAAACACACCACUACUGCUCCAACAGUUUUGGUGACUCAAAUAGGAUGUUUCUACUUGUUUUUCCCUACAUUCAGUCAUUCUAAUUUCUACAUGGAUAAAAGCCAUAACAUGGACUAAUCCACUCUUACUACCUCAUCAAGUCAUUUAGUAAAAAAAAACAAAAAACAAAACCUCAGGUUGUUUGCGUCUACGGGAGAAAGAGAGACCGAGACACAGAAACGAGGGGGUCGGGUCUUAUUAUUUUGUUGUGGUAAAAGCUGUCGAGGUUCAGCGCUCAGUGUCGAGUUUCACAUCAGGUAAAAGAGUCAGUGUGUCAGAGCGGGGCCCAGCUCCGAGCAGAGGAAACUCGGGCCCCUUAUGAGGGGGGCCAGGCAGCUUUUGUUGUCCCUCCCACGCUCUCUUUGCUUCCCCAUAAAUAGUCAGAGCAGAGGAAUAAUAGCGGGCGGUGAUGGUGGGGGGUGGAGGACGAGGAAAAGGGACAAACUUUUAAUAAGGGAACCUUCACGAGAAAAUGUCUCAGACCCCUUCUGGAUCAAAGGAUUUCUCCAGCCAGACAAGUGGCCUGCGAUUCAGACAGGCUUUUGUCUGUCCCCCUUUAAAGUCUCUCAGUCUCUCUUUCAUGAAUCAACCGCCUCAGUCUGCGAAAAAUCAGCAUGAAAGCAGUCGUUCUUAAUCAUGUUAUUCUUUCAUGGCUCAACAAGGCGAUUUUUCACACAUCUAAAAAUAGCAAACAUGGCUAUUUGAAAUUGUUUUUUGUCAACUAUCUAUGUUUGUUUGUGUGUGUGUGUGUGUGUGUGUGUGUGUGUGUGUGUCAGAGAAAAAGUUUGUGUGCACCUAUCUUCUCAAACAAAACUUUCAAAGUCUAUAUUAACUUAUUUUGAGUUCGUAUCAUUUGUUGUGUAGGGAGAUAAUUAUAACUUCCCUAUAUUUUUUUGGUAUAACUAACUAAUUGUGUUAUUUCCGAAACUAUAUCUUUGCACUACUUUAGACAUUUUUGACAAGAGAACUAUUUUUUUAUGGUAAUCUUUAAAAAAAAAAAACAUACAAAAACUCUCAGAGGCACAGAUUAGGAAUUUCUUGGCAUUUGAAAUUAAUAAAUAUUUUUUCCUCCUAUCAGACUUGUCACACUGUUAGAUGCAGUUUUAAAAUAAUUUUUUUUUUAAGCCUUGGUAGUCUUCUGUUGGUCUGUUCGGUGGAAAAAAUGAACAAAGGAAAACUAAAAUGAUAAAUGUCAAGGUUGAUCUGUUAGUGCCUCACUGUGCCCAAGCAAACUUCGCUUUCCUAAAUCACCUGUCGCAGCUAUAUCGAAGUGUAGCGUUAUUUGUAUAUGCAUGAAUGUAUGAUAAUCUUUGUACAACAUUUGUUAUAAUUUUAAUGUAAUUUAAUAGUGGUUUAUGUACCCUUGCAACAUGUAAGGAUGUGUAGGGGAUCAAAAUCAUAUCUUUUUUUGAAAGAAAUUGUAAAGACAAAUAUAUUGCUGGGUUGUUUUGGGCACUGUUGCCUUUCAUAUUGUUGGUUUCAUAUAGCGUGCUGAAAAUAAUAAAAAGAAUGAAUGAGACUGAUAUAAACAACCAAA